AUUAUACCUAAAUGAAUUUUAAACAUUUUUUUAAAAAAGGUUAAUCACUAGACCCAUGUUAUUUUUAAUGCAAUGAUGUGAAAUUUUACAAACAGGUAGCUCUAUUAAUUCUGAAUACAAAGGUAUAAUUUUUGGCUCUUAUGAAGAUUUCAACCUUUUUUUUUUUUAAACGAAAAAACAAUAAAAAAGUCUUGAAAAAAUUACAUAUUCUACAAAUCGAGCUACGUAUAGUAGAAACCAUUAGAAUUUAGAAACACAAAAAAAAAAAAAAUAUAAUCUUUCUUAUUUGUUGACAAUUUUAUAAAUUAGAAAAUUGUUGACAGUCAGUCAGUAUACAUGUAUAUGUAUCCAUAGAGGUAAAUAUGCACCUGCAUGGCACCGGUUCAGGACUAGGUUCCAACCAAGGUGAUUAGAGGUCUCUAUAUACAUGUCCUUUGGCUCCUUUGGUUUCUAAUCUACUUGGGUAACUCUACCUUGCAUUCUACUCUAUGUCCUUAUAGCAAUUUAUCAGCAUAUGUUACAACCUGUUACUUGUUACCUGAACCACGAGGCACGACCACACCAACCUGAGCUUCUAAAAUGGCUGAAAAUUUAAUAAAUCAAAUGGAAGCAUCAUCAAGUGCUGAAGAUGUUAAACGACAAAGAGUAUUGUUAUUCGAACAAUUUGCAAGAAAAGUUGAAUUAUCAAUUCCAAAAGUAGAUAAUAUUCUUAUCAAAAUUAUUUCGUCUAUAAAUGACAUAAGGCCAAUGAAUAUGGAAUUGCUGAAAACGGAAAAAUUUUUUGAGGUAUGGGUUUGUCUGAUGUCUCGACGUAUGACAGAGGAAAAUUCAUUAAUAUUUGAAGACGGGACUUGUUUUACAAGACAACAACUUGAACUCAUCUAUGGAAUCGAUUUUGUUAAUGCAUUUGUAUCAUUUAUAUUGUCAUUACAAACAUUUUCCCCGACUGAAUUGAAAUUAUUUACUACUGUUGCUGUAUUGAGCCGAACAUACUCUGAUAAUAUAAUACUCGGUAAAUUUCAUUUUUUUGAUAAUGACAGAGCUGUAGAAAAAUUUAAAGAUUUUUGUGCGGAUUUUUUCGAUUUUGACAUUUCAAAAAAAUUGUUGAGACUACGGGAACUUGAUGAACAACGCAAUAAUGAAAUGGAUUGGUUUAGGAGAAAUUAUUGGCUUGAAUUGGAUAUUUCGAGACAAAUUGCUGAGCGGUUGAAUAUUCCAGUCCUUAUUACCAUGCCUAAAAGUUCAGCGAAUCUCAUGGGAGCCACAUCGAUUGCUGAAUUUGUGGAAAUGGAAAAAAUUUAUUAUUGGAAGCAAUGGGCAGGGACCAUUGCAUUUUAUACUCAGACACAGAUUAGCUUUGCACAUGCUUGUCUUGAAUCAUUAACAAAAAAAGAUCAAGCAUGUCUUCUUAAACACGGUUUGAUUGAGAUAUGCUUUUCUACGCUAUCACCUUACAUCACUAGGAAUGCAAUCGUAAUACGUCGAGCAGGUUUUUUAAUAAAACAUCUUGAACUUAUUUAUGGACCUGAUUUUGUUGAUGUAUUCGUAGAAACUUUAUUGUCAUUGCAAGCAUGUCAACUAUCUACAGUUGAAAUGAAAUUAUUUAAUGAAAUUGUUUUAUUGAACCAAAGACCUGGUUUAGUCGACGUUGAAGCUGUACAAAGGUUACAAGAUCGUGCUAUUGAAAAGUUGUCAGCAGAAAGAUUAAAAAAUCAAAAAAAUACAAAUGAUGUUGAUAUUCCAACUCUUGAUAUUCCACAAAUGUUAUCAGAAUUACAAUCGCUUUCUUCACUACACUUGAAUUCUCUUGAUUGGUUGAAAGAAAAUUCAAGUAAAAUAAAUCUUUCGGUCUUUCUUUGUGAACUAUUCGACAUUCCAAAUUUUAUAUUUAAAAUCUUAUAUUAGUUACAAAAAUAUAUAAUUGAAGAUGACAAAUAAAUAAUUAUACUUUUUCAUUUUACUUGG